CAGCAGCCGCUCGCAGGGGCCGCCGGCCGGCCGCACCGCGCCGGCUCGACCGAGCACGAGAUUUCCGCCGGAAGCAUGUCCGUGAAGAAGGACAGCCGGGCAGACGCCACCCUGCACCGGGCCGCCAUCACCGGUGACGUCACGCUGUGCAGGAGCGUGCUGGACUCGGGCCGCGUGCACGUGGACUGCGCUGACCAGGAGGGCACCACUCCACUGAUCUUGGCGGCGGCCAACGGGCAUCUGGCCUGCGUGAAGGAGCUCAUUCAGCAGGGUGCCGACGCCAGCCGACGGAGGAAGCAGACGGGGGCGACGUCCGUCUUCUUCGCCGCCCAGGGCGGGCACGUGGAGGUGCUGCGGUACCUGUUGCGCCACGGCGGCAGACCUGACCUCGUGACAGCGGACGGCGCUACAGCGCUGUUCGUGGCCAGCCAGUGCGGCCACGUGGUCUGCGUCCGCGAGCUGCUGCAGGCGUCUGCCAGUGUGCACCUCCGCAUGAAGGACCGGUCAACGCCGCUGUUCCUGGCAGCCCAGAACGGUCACCGCGAGGUGGCAGCACUGCUGACCGCGGCCGGCGCCGACCCGCAGCAGGCCAGGGUGGAUGGCGCCACACCCCUGUGGAUCGCCGCCCAGAUGGGCCACAGCAGGGUGGUGCAACACCUGCUGAAAGCUGGCACCCACGUGGACACGCCGCGCCACGACGGUGCAACUGCACUCUUCAAGGCGGCGCACAAAGGUCAUGUUGAGGUCAUCAGGGCGCUCCUGCGGUACUCACCGAGCCUGGCAAUCCUUCCGAACGGCGAGUCGGCGCUGCACGCGGCCGCCAUGUUUGGUCACGUGACGGCCGUUCAGCUGCUGCUGGAGGCGGGUUCGCGCCCCGAGCUCACCAACGCCGAGGGCCUGACGCCGGCCGAGCUCGCCCUACAGGCCGGCUUCGACUCCGUGGCCGCCACCCUCGCUACCCAAUAGCAGCAGGCCCGACCUCGACUGUGGCGCCGCCCACCCCGAUCGCCGCUGCGUUGUAAUCGUUCUUGACGCGUCAAUAUAUUGUGCCUCGUGUGGAGUAGGCGAGCUGCCGCCAAAUUUCCGUGUCUCCCUGCUUGUAACACCCGUAGGACAUCGACGCUUCUUCCCGGCAUUUCCACUGGGCAAGCCGGCAAAAUGACCCGUCGAACACCAGCAAGGGCUGGCGGACGUCCAUCUGCAUCAAACGUGCGCUACGGGGAAACACGGCUGCUGCGCUGGUCUGCAACGGAAGAAAUGCACGCUUACGUUAUUAGGUUACUGCAGAACGCGGAUUAACCUGAUCAGUGAGUGGUCAGCAGCGCGCAGUUACGUUAUUUGUGAAGCUUGAGAGACCGUAGCGCGGCACGCGACGUUUGCUCGCGGCGCCGACAAACAGCGAGGCGAGGCAGUAGGCGAGGCGAGGCAGUGGGCGAGGCGAGGCAGUAGGUGGCAUCGCUCGUUUACUGUCAAUUAAGUUUUUCUGAUGGUGAAUUUGUCCGCUGGUUCCUCGGCGCACCGAAGAACGGUAUCUUCGGUGUCACUGUUCGCAUGCAGGAAUAUUUUUCCUUCCCGCUGACCGGUACAUAAUACAGCAAUCGGUUUUUGUGACCACUAACUGCAGCGU